CUUUAGCACUAGCCGCUCAUGACUCAACGAGAUAGAGACAUUACGGCAUGGCUACUGUAGAGUAGAGCCCAGCCAGACAGUUAGGUAGACCGUGACUGGACUGUGAAGGGGACCUGGUCAGUGUUCUCACUGAGUUACUGAGUUGCUGAGUCAGCGAGUCGCGGCGAGCUCGGACCAGUUCAAAAUUUAUAAAGCGGGAUUAGGGUUUUCUUUUUCUCUUUUCCAAUUUUUUAUUUUUCUUCUGAGUUGUACACUGCUCAUACACAAAUGGUGAGGCCAAGGUGCUACUUGGACAUAACCAUUGGAGGAGAGCUUGAAGGAAGAAUAGUAGUGGAGCUCUACAAUGACAUUGUGCCCAGAACAGCUGAGAAUUUCAGAGCUCUUUGUACUGGUGAGAUGGGUAUUGGCCCUAACACCAAUGUUCCUCUUCACUACAAGGGUGGUUGUUUCCACCGCAUUAUCAAAGGUUUUAUGAUACAAGGUGGGGACAUUUCGGCUGAAAAUGGCAAAGGAGGAGAGUCCAUUUACGGUUUGAAGUUUGAAGAUGAAAACUUUGAUGUAAAGCAUGAGAGAAAAGGAAUGUUGUCCAUGGCCAAUUUAGGCCCUGACACCAAUGGCUCUCAGUUUUUUAUCACCACCACUCGGACUUGUCAUCUUGAUGGUAAGCAUGUUGUGUUUGGGAGGGUGAUCAAAGGCAUGGGUGUGGUUCGUUCCAUUGAGCAUGUGUCCACUAUAGACGAUCACUUUCCUACCCAACAAGUUGUUAUUGCGGAUUGUGGGCAACUUCCGGAGGGUGCAGAUGAUGGGCUGUGUAACAUCUUCAAAGAUGGUGAUGUCUAUCCUGAUUGGCCUGCUGACCUUGAUGCAAAACCAGAGGCAAUUUCUUGGUGGGUCAUGGCCGUGGACUCUAUUAAGGCCCUUGGAAAUGAGCAGUUCAAGAAACAAGACUUUAAGAUGGCCCUCAGAAAGUAUCGCAAGGCUUUGCGCUACUUGGAUGUAUGCUGGGAGCUGGAAGAUAUCGAUGAAGAGACAAGCUCCUCUUUGCGGAAGACAAAGUCUCAGAUAUUUACUAAUAGCUCAGCUUGUAGACUGAAAUUAGGAGACCUAGAUGGAGCAUUGUUGGACUCAGACUUCGCAUUGCGUGAUUGGGAAGCCAAUGUGAAGGCUUUGUUUCGCCAAGGCCAGGCCUAUAUGGCACUUAAUGACAUCGACUCUGGAGUCGAAAGCUUCAAGAAGGCCCUGGAAUUGGAACCAAAUGAUGGAGGAAUUAAGAAAGAGCUUCUGGUUGCUAAAAGGAAGGUUGCUGAUAGGUCUGAGCAAGAAAAGAAAUCAUAUUCUAGAAUGUUUCACUGAUGAAGGCAGUCACAUGAGGCUGCAUAUAGUAUGGAUGAUUUUGGAUCCCUUUGGCACUUGCUAAGUCAUAGCCAACUGGUUAAAGCGAUUCUGUCUGCAGUCUUAAUUGGCCUUAGGAAAUAUCAGGCUUUGUAGGAAAAGCAACACAACUAGCACAAUACUUGAGGAAAACUCAGAAUACUCUAGCUUCAAUCAAAUUUUGUUCCGAGUGCAUUCACCUUUUGUUAGACUAGCAUGUACCACUUUAUUGCUGUUCAACACUGGCUAGCUACUCUCUGAAUUUGUAUGAAAUUAUCCAAACAGCCUUUUUAUC